AUGGCUCGGGGCCCCGGCGUUAGAGGGCCACUUUUGGUUCUGCUUCUGCAGCUUGUCUUUAUCUGCUCCGCGCAAAGGAGUGAAGGACCUGCUGGCCCUCCUGGACCUGCAGGUGUCCCAGGAGUGAAUGGCAUUGCUGGUGAGAGGGGAGCAGAUGGCGAGGACGGACCUCCUGGACCUGAUGGAGAUGCAGGUAAACCUGGCUCUGCAGGAUUACCUGGAAUUCCUGGAAAUGAUGGUUUGACCGGCCCUAUUGGAGAUCCAGGGCCCGACGGUCCCCCCGGACAGAAAGGCGAACCUGGAAAACCUGGACCUCGUGGAGCAGCUGGUGUUGGGCCAGAUGGACCCCCCGGACCACCCGGGCCUGGAGGACUUACGGGUGAAGUGGGAAAACCUGGACCAAUUGGGUCUAUAGGUGUAAGAGGGCCACAGGGACCUCGUGGACCAUCAGGGCCCAGAGGUGCAGCUGGAAUGCAAGGCAGUACCGAGCUGUGUCCAAACUCUUGUCCACCUGGGACCUCGGGACAUCCUGGACUUCCUGGCAUGAAGGGCCACAAAGGUGUUAAAGGCGAAGCAGGAGAACCUGGGAAACAGGGGCACAAGGGUGAGGAGGGAGACCAGGGGAGUCCAGGGGAGGUUGGAUCCCAAGGACCAGUGGGUCCUCAGGGAAUUCGUGGAGCCAUGGGAAUGAUGGGCCCCAAGGGAGAGAUGGGAGCUCGAGGUCUUGAUGGAGAUCCAGGUCCCCAGGGUGUUGCAGGGGCAACUGGGGAUCAAGGCCAGAGAGGUGUGAUGGGCGAGCCUGGGCCUAAAGGUGAAACGGGUGCUCUAGGCUCAAGGGGAAUCACAGGUCUUCCAGGUCCCAAGGGAGAGGCUGGCUUGCCGGGUGUGGACGGUCGCGAGGGUAUCCCUGGGAUGCCUGGAGCAAAGGGAGGUAUUGGGAAGCCGGGUGUUCCUGGAGAGGUUGGACUUCAGGGGCUUCCUGGCUUGCCUGGUGCACCUGGACCAAAAGGCUUGAGUGGCUCUAAGGGAGACGCUGGUCAGCCAGGCCUCCCUGGGACAAUGGGACCUGCUGGCAAAACAGGUGAGCGCGGAGAACAGGGAGAGGUGGGACCUGUUGGACCUAUUGGUGAACCUGGAGCUAUAGGAGAGCGAGGCCCUGCAGGUCCAGCCGGCAAGCUAGGUUCCAGGGGACCCAAAGGCGACCCCGGCCUUCCUGGUCUCCCUGGUCCUCCUGGCCUGCCCGGGGUAAAAGGAGAGAGGGGAGAUCGUGGAGAACCAGGACCCAAAGGAGAGCAGGGAGCACAAGGUGAUGAGGGAAAUCCUGGAGACAAAGGGGAUACUGGUGAGUCAGGAGAACCUGGACCUAAAGGAGAGGUCGGUAACCCAGGCGAGACUGGCAAAAGAGGUCCUGAGGGAAGUCGAGGCCAGCCGGGUAUCGAGGGGCCGGCUGGCUCACCUGGACCGCGGGGCAUGCAGGGGAACAGGGGUACACCUGGAGUCAGAGGGACGCAGGGUCCUGCGGGUAAAGAGCCAAGCGAUCAGCACAUCAAACAAGUUUGCAUGCGAGUCAUGCAAGAACAGCUCGCCCAGUUAGCUGCUAGUUUAAGGAGGCCAGAGUCUGGCGUAGCUGGUUUACCUGGAAAACCUGGACCUCCGGGGCAACCUGGGCCUCCAGGAGACAAUGGCUUUCCUGGGCAGUCCGGGGCAAGAGGCCUUCCAGGACUCAAAGGGCCGCCAGGAAUGCUUGGAGCGAAAGGACCCAAAGGUGAAAUGGGAGACAGAGGCGCCAGAGGGCCCACUGUGCGAGGACCUAAAGGUCAGCCAGGGCCUCCCGGACUCCCAGGUGAGCCAGGCAAACCUGGCUAUGGUCAGGAUGGUCGGGACGGGCAGAGGGGACCUCCUGGCGUUCCUGGACAGCCUGGUGUACCUGGGCCUCCAGGUGCAGCUGGUCCCAACGGUUAUUGUGACCCGUCAGCGUGCAACCUCCAGGCAGGGGCCGCCCACCAGUCUCUGGAUGUGAAGGGACCUGCAGGGAACUAA